ACAAUACAGACGAGUUGAAUUUAGAAAAGGCUGAAUCAAGAUGGAUGUAAAAAUAGAAAGUCAUAAUCAACAAAAGGAUAAGCUUCCCACAUUUAAAGAACGUAUAUAUGAUUUUGCGGACAAUACAACUCUCCACGGCCUUCCACGAUCUUUUAAAACUAGCGUGCAUUUGUUUCGUAGAUUAGUGUGGCUCGGCAUAUUUUUCGGCUGCUCUGGCUAUUUCACUUUCCAAGUGAUAGAACUCAUCAAUGACUACAGCACGUGGCCAAUUCUGAUAAAGAGCGAGAUGAAGUUACAGACGUUCAUGAAAUUUCCUGCUGUGACAAUAUGCAAUAUGAACAUGUUGCGUAAAAGUAAAAUAAAAGGAACAGCGUUCCAAGGUUUAAUAGAUCUAGAUGAGGUCACAGUGCCUAAUCUUGCACAAACGGUUUCACCUGAUCAAACUAUAACUGAGAAUAAACCAACAGCCACCGAUCAAACAAUGAGUAUGCAUCCAACGACAAAUCCACCCAAUAACACUGAAACUGCCGAUGGAACAAUAACUCCAUCUGAUAUUGCAACAAAACCUGUAACGACACCUUAUGCAGCAAUAACGACAACUGAUCAUAUAACAAUCCAUGAUGAAAUGACAGCUUCGGCUUACCAAACUACGAUUACUGAUGAAGCAACAACUACAACUGAUAUUAACUGGAUCGCUGAUACAACAACAACUACAGCUGAUAAAAAUACGAGUAUUGAUGUAGCAACGGCUACAACCGUUGAAAACAGAAACCCUGAGACAACAUCAGCUAGAGUAACGCCUACUUUGGACAACAGCUCUUGCACCUGUGCCACCUGCCAGGAUCCAUGUCAAUCCAAUACACUUUCUGACUCGACUCUAGCACCCACUGCCACAAAUGCUGAUCCAGUAGGCGAAACCUACCUUUCAGAAGUCCAGAACUAUGGAUAUACCCCCAAAAUGCAAUCUGAUUUUCGACGCCGUUUCGAUGCCAAAUUUCGGUGCCGUUUCGGCACCAAAUGGACUGACUAG